CUCCCGUCGUCGAAACACUACCAAGACCACUCUCAUCCGCCCCUGCCGACGACACUACCACCGCCCCAUCUUCCUCACCACCGCACGUCAAUCUGGCGCCGACCACGAGUGACCCUCCCCUCCCCUUGGUGUGCAUUCUGCUUUGCGCCACAGUCUUUGGAGCUCUCUCUCUCCACGCGUCUUGACACCGCAUCCGCACACAUCAUCGUCGCCAUGUCGAGAUCACUGCAGGAUCAGUUCAUCGAUGAUGACGAAGAGGAGACCUGCCCGCUCUGCGUCGAGGAGUUCGACCUCACCGACAAGGGUUUCAGACCGUGUCCCUGCGGCUACCAGAUAUGUCAGUUCUGCUAUCACAAUGUCAAAAACAAUAUGAAUGGCCUGUGUCCGGCUUGUCGACGGCCGUAUCGAGACGAAGACAUCGAGUACAAGGCCAUCACCUCCGAAGAGACCGCUGCCCACAAAGCUCGCCAGGCCCAGAAGCAGAAGAAGACACAACAGCUAUUGCAAAAGGAGAAGCAGAAAGCCGAGGCGGACAACCUCAGCCGCAAGCAUCUGGCCGGAAUGCGAGUGGUGCAAAAGAACUUGGUUUACGUGACCGGUCUCAGUCCCACCACCCAGGAGGACCUGCUAUUGCAAACUUUACGCGGCGACCAGUAUUUCGGACAGUACGGCAAAAUAAUCAAGAUAGUGGUUAGCAAGGCCAAAGACCCCACGCAUCCUCAUUCGGUCGGCGUAUAUGUCACGUACGAACGGAAAGAGGACGCCGCAGCAUGCAUCGCAGCUGUAGAUGGAUCGAAGAAUGGCGACCGGACACUGCGCGCGCAAUUUGGUACUACAAAAUAUUGUUCGGCUUACCUACGAGGAGAGAAUUGCACGAAUCGAAACUGCAUGUUCUUGCAUGAACCCGGCGAGGCAAAUGAAAGCUACUCGCGAGCUGAUUUGUCAGUACUCAAUGCCGGAUCUUCGCAGACUGGCAGUGGGAGACCUCCACCUCCACAGUCGCAGCAACCCAUGGCGUCCGCAGCGCAACCGAUGUUACGGCAAGGAAGCAACGAGCAAGGAGAAUCUUCAGAACGACCUGCGCUUCCAUCCACGGCAAGCUGGGCUUCAAAACCACCACAUCAAAGCCGCGCUGAGAGUCGCAGUACUAGCACUACAUUGGAGAGUCCUGUGCCUGUGCAUCCCGAGCCUGCGCCUGCACCUGCACCUGCGCCUGCUCAGCCAGAACCACAACCAGAGGCAGAAUCUACAUCCGCACCUGCGCCUGCAGUCGAGGAAUCGGAAGUUGAGAGACCCCCCGAGCAACAAGCCAUAGCGGAGCCGAAGAGGUCACAAGUUUCGCCGUUGACCCAUCUUCUGCGGAAUCUGAAGCUCGAGGACUUUAAGUUGGUCUGGUCGAAUUCGUGUCUGUCGCAAGCGGAUCAAGAAGUGAUCAAGAAUUACCCUCCACUCUUUGACGUGGUCGAUGGCCCAAAGCGACGGUUGCGAAAGCAGCAGGAAGCCCAAGAAAAACUCCGGAAAGCACAAGAGGCCCAAUCAUUCCAGCAGCCUCCGGAAGCGGAACCUGAAGACAAUCCCGAAAU